AUGUGGUUGCUCGACGUACUCGAUCCACCAUAUGCAAUACGUUUAGAAGGAAAUCAAUGGACAGGAUAUUGUGUAGAUGUCUUUAAAGAAAUAGCGAAACGCUUAGAUUUCGAUUAUAAAUUUGUUGAGCAAGCUGACGGCGAUUAUGGUGUUAAACUUGAAAAUGGUCAGUGGUCAGGAAUAAUCGGUCAAAUUUCUAGAAAGAAUGCUGAUGUCGGCUUAGGACCGUUGGUACAAGAUGCAGAAAGAUCAUUGGUAGCUGACUUCACAGUACCUUAUUAUGAAUCAGUUGGAAUCACAAUGGUAAAUAAAGUGAAUGAAGAUCUUAAACUUGGUGCAUUAUUCUUCCUUGACGUAUUCACAUGGGAUGUAUGGGUAACGUCUGUAGUUGUCGUGUUUUUAAUCGGUUUUCUACUGGCCUUUAUUGAUAAAUAUUCACCGUACAGUUAUCAAAAUCAAAUGAAAAAAGGUGACGGUGAGUCUAUGGGUACAGUGUUCACCGUGAAAGAAGCCUUGUGGUAUGUAUUGGGCUCAUGUACUCAACAAGGUGAAUACAUGGAUCCUCGUGCAGCUUCAACGCGUAUCCUAGUCGCUGGUCUAUGGUUGUUGGUUCUUAUCAUUAUUGCAAUGUUUUCAGCUAAUAUGGCUGCAAAGUUGACAGUUAGUGGGUUACAAGGUGAAAUUUCAACAUUUAAGCAAUUAAUUGAACAAGAUACAGUGAAAUAUACAACUAUAAAGAAUUCUUCGGAAAUGCGAUUUUUCGAAAGGUUGAAAAGUGCCGAAGAAGCUAUAUUUGAGAUAUGGAAGCAACAAGUUGUAUAUAACAAUGAAUUCACCUCAAAUUAUACAGUCUGGCAAUAUCCAGUUACCGAGAAAUAUGGAAUGAUUUAUACUAGAAUGAGUCAAUGGGGUUUCCCUAAUAACCAUGAAGAAGCUUUAAAGCGUAUUGAAGAAGGCUGGGUUGUUUUCUUGGAAGCUCCAAAAGCUGAUUACUAUGUCGCUAAUGAAUGCAAACUGAAGCGAUUCGGUAAACGUAUUGGCAGUUGGUAUUACAGCAUGAUAUUGUUGCCCCGUUCUCCUUUAACUGCUAGUUUUAAUGAUGUGAUCUAUGCCCUGGAAGCUGAUUACACACUGGAUGGUUUAAGAGCUAAGUGGUGGGCCAGCAACACAAGUCGUUGUGAACCACCUUCGAUUGAUGUAGGCUAUGGUUUUGAGGAAGUCGGUGGGAUGUUUACAUUACUUGGAUGUGGACUUCUAAUUGGUGGUGUGUUAUUGGUUGGUGAGAUUGUUGUUUUUCAUAUACUGCUGAAGAAGCAACAAACCAAGGUCGAACCUGAGCUACCGGGUGCACCACCAGAACCUUCAAUGAACAGCAAACCCAUAACAACACAGGAAGAAGAAGAGAAGAAAAACUCAGACGAGGUGUCUUCAGUGACUCCAAUUGCAUCAAGUCCAAUUACAAUCAUCACAACAGAUUAUGAUGAACCUGGACAAGUAGUACCAGGUUCUUUGAAUAAUAAUUCAUUGGAAAAAUAUUAG